UCCUGUUUUGUACAUUUUAAGGAAGCGGUGUCAGUGGCUGCUGGAUGAUUGUUAUUUGGACAUUCGCUUGUUACGUGUUGAAUUACCUGCAGUGAUCCACAAGAACAGAAAAUCCAUGCUUACUCGACCCUGCGCUUUUAUACAGUUCAUUUUGUGGAUAACCAUGGCCCAGAUUCCUGGCCAGGAGGAUAAAGAGAAAACAACUGCACUGAAAGACUUGUUGUCCAGAAUAGACUUAGACGAACUAAUGAAGAAGGACGAACCUCCGCUCACUUUCCCCAAGACACUUGAAGAGUUUGAGUAUGCUUUCAACGAGCAGGGCAAGUUGAGGCACACCACGACAGGGGAGGCGUUUGUGUUCAAUGCCCGAGAGGAUCUCCACAGGUGGAACCAGAAACGCUAUGAGGCGCUGGGAGAGAUCAUCACACAGUAUGUUUACGAACUGUUGGAGAAGAAGUGCAAUAUGACGAAAGCGAUCUUGCCAGUGGAUGUGACAGAGGAGGAGCCCCGGAGUUUCAUCUACCUGAGUGCUGAUGCCAUGUCCAACCCUGCCAAGCUGCUGGUGCUCAUCCAGGGGGGCGGGGUGGUCCGGGCCGGCCAGUGGGCACGACGCCUCAUCAUCAACCAAGACCUGGACUCAGGAACACAGAUCCCCUUCAUCACCCGCGCCAAGGAGGAGGGCUACGGUGUGAUGGUGCUCAACCCCAAUGAGAACCACCUGGAGGUGGAGAGGCCGGCCAAGCCCACCCCCCUGCCCUCCUCCGAGGCCUCGGACGAACCCGCCGAGAAGAGAGAGCGCAAGGACGACCGGGAGGGCAAGAAGAAGAGGGACUUCUACGAGAAGUACCGCAACCCGCAGAGGGAGGGAGAGACAGAACAGAUCCCCAUACGGGAAAACGGCUCCCCCGAGGAACACGUGCUGUAUGUAUGGGACCACUUUAUGUCCAAAGCCACCGCCAGGAACAUCUUUAUCGUGGCGCACAGCUACGGAGGCUUGUCAUUGGUGGAGCUGAUGAUUCAGAGAGAGGCUCAGGUAAAGAACAGGGUGUGUGCCGUGGCCAUGACCGACUCAGUCCACAACAUCUGGCAACAGGACGCCAGCAAGAGCAUCCAGGAGUGGCUGCAGCAACACUGCCGUAACUGGGUGUCAAGCCCCGAGCCCCUGGACACACCGCUGGAGCCCAUGCUACCAGACUGCCCUCGCGUCUCUGCAGGUACAGAGCGACACGAGCUGACAUCGUGGAGGAGUUUCAACUCCAUUUUCCAGUUCUUCGGCGAGGCUCUACCGACUGGGGAUGAGUACGAGGGGUCCUCCAACACGGUCACCACACGCAGCUCCCACAAGACCAAACAUGACCACAACCACGACCACCACGACUAGAACUACACCAACAGGAGGGAAAUACAAGGGGGUGGAGGUGCCAAAUCCUCUCUAUUUACCCUCCCUCCCUCCUUCUUUCCUCCCUCAUCUUUGUGUGAUCUCUCCCUUCCGGCUGAGCCCAUCUCCCGGUUCACACAUGCAUUGUUUAACUGGCAGAGUGUAGGUGGGUGGUGGUGUACACAUCACAAUAGCGUUUUGCAUUAUUUCUAGAUGAGUGCAACUGUCAAAGCAAUAUGGGCAGAGUGUUUGCGCUUACCGUGGGCUGUGGCUUUGCUGUGGUCUGGGCCACGGAGCAGCGGCGGCAGCGGCUGAGAUUACGGCUGACAGGCGCUGUGCACAGUAUGUCGUGGUGCACCUCUAAUUGUCCUGACAUCGCCCUGAAUGAGAUAAUGCCCCAGCAGCCCUCCCCACCACUCCCCUAGGUCCUAAAACCUGCUGGACCCACGGGCCUCUCAGUCCUCUACAACCCACACCACUCAUACACUUGGUAUCUCUCCCUCCCUCCCUCAACCCAACCCCCCUCACUCACCUCAACCCAACCCCCCAACC